GAUUGAAUUUACUUGUCACCCCAUCAAACGUCUUGCUGGUUCAUUGAAAUUAUUUUUCAUACAUAAAAAUAAUGAAUAAAUUCUCUAUUCCACUAUAAGGUGGGAACCCAUGUCCAAGCUUGGAAUCUCGAUGACAAAUUUCAAUUGUUUUCUAAAUUGAAAGGGAAAGAGAAGGAAAGCCUCUCACAUACACACUCGCACAAGCCAAGCAAGAGAGGAAUCAUGGUGGUGGUCGUGGGUGUUGUUUUUUGCAGUUAGAAUCUCCCUGACCUUUUUUCCCUCCCCAUUCUCUCAUUUUCCAUAUAUGAUAAACGUAGAAAACGGGAGAGAUUUUUAUUAUAUUCUUUUUUUUUUUUUGUAAAAAUGCGUAGUGUUUGAGAUAUGGGUGAAAUCAAACAAUAGGUUUGUCACAUUAACAACAACACUCAAUCUCUUGCUUCGUUUCGAGAAACAAACACCAAGAAGAAAGGGAAAGAUUGUUGCUUUAUUUCUUCUGGAGAAAACAAAAUCCCAUUACGUUUUCUUUAUCUAAAAUCUUGGAUGUUUGGUUGAAGAGUACAGAUUGCAUGUAUUUUUGGCUUGGAUCUUUAGUAUCUGUUCUAUUUUCAAACUCUUCUGAACCCUUCUUUAUUAUGCAACUUUAAGAAUGGGGGAUCAUUUUGUGUUGCUGGUAGAUCGGUUGCUAACUGAAUCCACUCUUGAAGCUGCUAUUGAGCGCAACAGCCACUGGCAGCAAGCAACUCGGUCUGCAAGUGGAGAUACUACUACUGAUUUUUCACCUGAUAGGAUGGACUUAGAUUUUAGGUCAUCCUCAAGUAAAUUGGUAGAGUGUAGGAUUUGCCAUGAUGAGGAUGAAGACAUGAAUAUGGAGGUACCAUGCUCUUGCUGUGGCAGCUUGAAGUAUGCUCAUCGGAAAUGUGUUCAAAGGUGGUGCAAUGAGAAGGGUGAUACUGUCUGUGAGAUCUGCCACCAGCAAUUUAAGCCUGGUUACACGGCACCACCUCCUUUGUUUCAUUAUGGUGGCAUUCCCAUGAACUUCAGGGGAAAUUGGGAGAUAACUAGAAGGGACUUGAAUAAUCCUGGAUUUAUAGCAAUGGUUACCACAGACCGUGAUUUUGUAGGCUCUGACUUUGAAGAUUAUUCAGCUCCCUCUCCUAGAAGCCUCAUGUGCUGUCGAAUUGUUGCUAUUAUUUUUAUGGUUCUUCUGGUUUUACGCCAUACUCUUCCAAUCAUUAUUAGUGGAGCUGGAGAUUACUCAACAACGUUGUUCAUGUUGCUGAUCUUGAGGACUAUUGGGAUUCUUUUACCCAUUUAUGUCAUGGUUAAAGCAUUUACUGCUAUACAGCGUCGCCGUCACCAACAGGAUCCUCGUUUCUCGCUUGCUGCAUCGGAUGGAGAAAAUGAGUUGCCACAGCUGCAGCCUCAGUCACGCUUUGUUCACAUCCGGUAGUUGCUGCAACCACCAAUCAACUAAAUUAUAUCCAAUAAUGUACAGAAGAGGGAAUCAAAUUUCAGUCUUUACGAAUUUUUUUCGGCAUGGAGGAAAGCUGUUGCAAUAUCAUCAUCGCAAUAUGCAGACAUGUUUUUAUUAUUUUUGCGAAAAUCAGCAGGGCUGCAGCCAGCUAAAUGCAUAUUAUCAAAGUGUAUGAAACUAUGUACAGUUAGUUAUCAAGAAUUAUAUGGGAACUGCUCCUUAUGAGAAAUGAAAGGUUGUUGGAAAAUGAAUAGAAAUAUAAAUCUUAAUUCUGUAGAAAUAGUUGUCUAUUAUUUGAAAUUGCCUA